UAAAAGAAGGAACCGGGGAAGCCGAAGCGGAGACUAGAAAGGCAGACCAUACGGUCCAUCAAACACUCCUCCCACGUAUAUAAAUUGCCAACAAAUCCCGUCCCUGGAAUCACCGCGUUCAUCUCUCCCUUCAUCCCCGUCCGUUUCCGCAACCGAAAAGAAAGGAAAAGACACCAAGAUAGAUAGAGCGAAAUACAGGGAAGAAAACGAGAGAAAGGCGAGGGUUCGGCAAUACCCUUCCCGUUUCUCGCCGCCCACGACACCACCCCUCCACCUUCAAUAAAGAUCCGUCCAGGAAUCGCGGAUUGGAUUGAUUUGGGUUGGAUUUUUGUUGAUCGAGAGGAUAUCAAAGGAUUCUGAAUUCUGUCCUCUCUGUUGACCAUUUGCCCCUUUCUUUGGGCGCUGAAACCAAUGUCGGUUGCUGCAAUUGUUUGUAAGAGAAGCAGGGCAGCGUUGGGGUUCCAUUCAAGGUUUGGAUUGGCGACAUUAACGGGUGGGAGUGCCCACAGCCUCUUGCCACAGCGUUGCCUCUCUCAACUCGUCAAGACCAAUGGGAAAAGAGCCUUCCUUGUUGAUACUUUGGCACUGGUUCGGAGAUUGGAGGCGCAGGGAGUCCCAUCAAAGCAUGCGGAGGCAAUCACGUCAGCAAUCACUGAGGUUUUGAAUGAUAGCUUGGAGAAUGUGGCACAGUCCUUCGUAUCCAAGGGAGAGAUGCAGAAGAGUGAGAUGAUUCAGGAUUCCAAUCUCUCGAAAUUCAAGUCUCAAGUGCAGAGCUCUCAAGAGCACCAUUUCUCUUUGUUGCAACGUGAGACAGAAAAACUUAGGGGUGAUAUUGAGAAAAUGCGGAGCGAGCUUAGGUAUGAGAUCGACAAAGUUACUGCAGGGCAACGCUUGGAUCUAAACCUUGAAAGAGGGCGCAUACGCGAUGAAUUGGCCAAGCAAAAUGCUGAAACUACUGAUCUCACUACCAAGCUUGAUCGGGAAAUCCAUGCAUUGAAGGCCCAGUUGGAGGCAGCAAAAUAUGAUGUUAUAAAAUACUGCAUAGGGACUCUGGUGUCAAUAUCUGCUGUUGGUCUUGCCAUUGUCCGCAUUCUGAUGUAAAACAUUCUUUUUUGUUUUUUUAACCUUAACCAAUGAAACAACAAGAAAUGUUCUUUUUGUUUCUGAUAAUAUGGUUGCCAAAAGGUUGUAACAUUUGCUAGGAACUUCUCAAUGUUCUUCAAGAUGUACCUUGAAGAAGCAGUGAAUUGAAUUUAUUCUUGCAAUAUUCAUUCAAUGUGGUUACCACUCAGCAUAAUUACUUUGGAUUUUAAUCUU